GGAGAUCGCAGGAGGGCAUUCAGGUGGCUGCUGCACCGUGGCUGAAGGUGGAGUUUUGCCAGGAACAGGAUGGAGAUGGUGUGGCUGUGCUUGGUGCUGGUCCCUGUGCAGCACGUUCUUGCUGUGGCCUGGCUGUACCUGGCCAAGGAGCCUUCUCUGUGGAUGGUCCUCCAGGACCCCAGUGGCUGUGAGGUUCUGAUGGGGCUAGUGGAAGAGCAGGUCUAUGUUUGCCAGCGACAGGUGGAAGCCAUGGAUGCAGUGAAGCGAGGUGCAGAGCUGGCUGUUGAGGAGUGUCAGCAUCAGUUUCACGCUUGCCGGUGGAACUGCUCCACUCUGCAGGGGCUGCAGGUCUUUGGCAAGGUUGCCAUCCAAAGCACGCAGGAGUCUGCUUUCAUCCUCGCCAUCUCUGCCUCCAGCAUUGCCUUUGCUGUGACUUGUGUCUGCAGCCGUGGGGAGCUGGAGAAGUGUGGCUGUGACCGCAAGAUUCGAGGAGUCAGCCCAGAAGGUUUCGAAUGGUCAGGCUGCUCUGAUAACCUGUCUUAUGGGAUUGCCUUUUCUCAAGCCUUUGUAGACAACCCUGAGAGGAACCGUGGUGUGUCCUCCAGCCGAGCACUCAUGAACCUGCCCAACAACGAGGCUGGGAGGAAGGCUCUCCUGGCCCACAUGAAGGUGGAGUGCAAGUGCCACGGCAUGUCUGGUUCCUGCCAGGUACGCACAAGCUGGAAGGUCAUGCCUCCUUUCCGGAAAGUGGGCAACAUCCUCAAGGAAAAAUUUGAGGGGGCGACAGAGGUUCACCCCAAGUGGGUUGGUUCCCGCAACCUCCUGGUACCCAAGAGCUCUCACUUCAAGUCCUACACAGCUCAUGACCUGGUCUACCUGUUGGCCAGCCCAGACUUCUGUGACCAGGAUCCCCAGAGCGGUGUCUUUGGUACCUCUGGCCACCAGUGCAACCGGACAUCCCUGGCCAUGUAUGGCUGUGAGCUCCUGUGCUGCGGCAGGGGCUUCCAGACGGCCCAGGCAGAGGUGGUGGAGCGAUGCAGCUGCAAGUUUCGCUGGUGCUGCUCCAUCAAGUGCAAGCAGUGCCAGCACCUGGUAGAGGUGCACAGCUGCUGCUGAGCGGGAGCGCACCUGGGCAGUGGGAGGCUGAGGGGGGCUGCAAGGAGAGGAAAAGCCCAGGGAAAGACAUAGGGGGGCGUGGGGGAGACACACAGCCUGAGAGGGAGCAGAGGACAUGUGAGGUUUUGCUGCCCUGACUGACAGCAGUCCCUGGUGCUGGGGGAGCCAUCAGCUCCCGGGUGUUCCCCACACAGCAUGCUCUUGACAGCCUCUUUGGGCUCUUUUGUGGUUUGAAUUAUUUUUCUGGAUGGAGGGUUGGAGGACACAAGCCCAACGAACUCUUAGACUUUAGAAAUAAACCAGCUGUGAUGGAAAGGAAA